AUGUUAGAAUCCAUGAUACGCGCGAAGACCUUAAUUCAGGACGGUGAACAACGCGAUUACAUCCCACUCUUUCAGUGGAUGAAAGACAUUACUCUUGUCUGUGAUUUUUCAGGACUCUGUCGUGUCCUUACUGGAUAUUACGAUGGCAAGCUCCAUCUCGGUUUUACUCGAAUUUUGGAUUUCUCAGAGUACCACCUAGUACCACCAGCUGGCAUACCAUAUCUUGAGAACAUUGAUCAAGAAAAGUUCUACCGAAUGAUGAAUGUCCUAUUGAAAUGGGCAUGGCCAAUUGCAAUGAUUACUAAGAAUGAGAACGGAAACAUUCCACCAGUGAUCGUGCAUCAUCCCGAGAUGGAGGAGACCGAUGGAGGUGAUAACGAUUGGGUGAAGGUUUAG